UCUGUUCAGUGAAACGUUAUCAGUUGUCCGUCAUUCUUUCUUCCAAGUAUAACACAAAUUGUUGUUUUUAUAGUCAGGUCCUACUCUACUAAUGGCGGGACGCCUUGUGCUGCGUUCAGUCGAAACGACUGCUCUUCCUGUGUUUCUUAGGUCUACCACGUUCAAUCUGGAUCUAAAGAGAAGUGCAAAUGGAAACACUACAGCUUCUGUCCCUCCUGCCCGGAUCAAGACUGAGGCUGACCUCCCUGAGGUCAGUCUUCCCACAACCCUGUACAGGUGGAUCUUUAAAGGCUACUACAAACGCUUACAUGAGCUGCAGUUAUAUGAAAAGCAGCUAUAUGGCCCAAUGUAUAAAGUAAGUGCUGGCAACAGUCAUUCAGUGGCACUCAAUACUGUGGAGCUGCUGGAGGAAGUGAUGAGGAAAGAUGAUAAAUUCCCUAGCAGAGGAGACAUGACUGCCUGGACUGAAUACCGAGAUAUGAACGGUUUGGGUUAUGGUCCUGUCACUGAAGAAGGAGAGAAAUGGUAUAAACUCCGAUCUGUGCUGAACAAACGUAUGCUGCAUCCAAAGGACUCUGUGAAGUAUGACAAUGUGAUUAAUGAAGUGGUCACAGAUUUUAUCAAACGAAUAUGCCAUUUACGCAAGAUGAGCUCCAGUGGAGACCUGGUACCCAACAUGUCAAAUGAGCUGUACCGCUUCUCUCUAGAAGGAAUCUCCCGCAUACUCUUUGAGACUCGUAUUGGCUGUCUUGAAAAUGAGAUACCGGCAGAAAGUCAAAACUUCAUCAAUUCUAUUGGCCAAAUGUUCACUUAUACUAUGGCUGUGAAUGUUUUACCCAAGUGGACUCACAAUUAUUUGCCAUUCUGGCAGUGGUACAUAAGUGGUUGGGAUGGAAUCUUCAGAUUUGCCUGCAAGCUAAUUGACAAGAAGAUGGAGGACAUUCAGAAGCGCUUGGAUGCAGGUCAGGAAGUUGAAGGAGAGUAUCUCAGCUAUUUGCUUUCCAGCACCAACAUGAGCAAAAAGGAUGUGUAUGGAAGUGUUGCUGAACUGCUCCUGGCAGGAGUGGACACAACAUCCAAUACUAUGAUGUGGGCAUUGUACCUGCUGUCACAAAAUCCAAAGACCCAGGAAACACUGUAUCAGGAGGUAAAUAAUAUCAUCAAAGGGGACAAAAUUCCAACAGCUGAGGAUAUAAACAACAUGCCCUACCUCAAGGCUGUCAUCAAGGAGACUCUAAGAAUGUAUCCAGUUGUUCCCGUAAAUGUUCGGCUUUUAUCAGAAAAUGACAUGGUCAUUGGAGGACACUUCUUUCCUAAGAAGACCACAUUUAUGAUGCAGCAUUAUGCAAUCUCUCACGAUGGGAACAUAUUCCCUGAACCAGGACUGUUCAAGCCUGAACGCUGGUUACGAGAUGGGAGGGAGCGACCUAGCCCAUUCGGAUCUAUUCCUUUUGGGUUUGGAGUGAGAGGGUGUGUUGGUAAACGUAUUGCUGAACUGGAGAUGCACUUGGCCCUGGCAAGGAUAAUUAAGCUGUUUGAAGUCAAGCUGGAUCCUAAUGUGGGAAAGAUCAAAGCUCUCAAUCGUACCUCGCUUGUGGCAGACAGAACUGUCAACUUUAAUUUUUUGGAACGGAAACACACAACCACUUAAAGAUGCUUUAAGAUUUUAAAAAAUAAAGUCACUGAAGAGGUUCAUACACCCCAUUAAAACUUUUUUUAUCGCACCUUUCUCCACCGAGAUGAAAGUGCACAGUGGCAUGUCAUUAUGCUGUAGUUCAAUGGUCCUUCCAUAUUGUUAAACUACCAAGUAAAAUAGAGUCACUCUUGGCUGAAAGUGGCUAAAAGAUAAAGACAAUAUAAUAAGUAAUAAUAAUAAUAAUAA